AUGGUCAACUUCACCAUCCUUGCAGGGGGUUACACCUCUUUUGUCGUGUCCUACUUGUUCAACUCGGACACGAACUCGCUGUCGGUGCUCAACCAGUCUCCUACCGGGGCAAACCCAUCCUGGAUCGCGCUUCACCCCACGAACAAAAGCAUUCUCUACGCGGUCAAUGAAAAUCCGCAAGGAGCCCUUCAGACCUUCACGAUAGGCGAAAACGGCGCCCUCACUGGCCCCAUCGACACGGUCAGCUCGCAGGGAGACAGCCCCGCGUUCACUACCCCGCUCUCGACUGGGCAGGUCGCGAUCAUGAAUUACAACUCCGGCAACGGACUUAUCGUGCCGACUGAGACUACCGAUCCUCUGGAGUUUGUGUCCUCCUACUCGCUCAUCCAGUUCGAUGCCCCCGUGUCCCACCCUCACAUGGCGCUCGAGCAUGGAGAAGAGGUUUUUGUCCCCGAUCUUGGCGCAGACAAGGUUUGGCGCCUAGUGGAAGACGGGGCCCCCGGAGUGUUCAAGGUGCAGGGUCAAAUAGACCAGCCAACUGGAAGUGGACCACGCCACAUUGCGACUCGAGGGACGACGCUUUACACCCUCCACGAGCUCGCUAGCACCUUGACGCAGCAACACAUUCCUCCUGCUCCGAAUGGCACCACCGGGCCUCUCAUUGCGAACUUCAACAUCACUCCCCCGGGCCUUCCUGAGGGUGCCGCCAUGGCCGCGGCGGAGAUUCUCCUCACCGAGGCUUCCCCGAGCUUCCCCGAGCCGUUCAUCUACGUGUCGAACCGCAACACGGGCAUGCAGGACCCGCGCGGUGACGCCAUCACGAUCUUCCGCGUCGAACCCAAGCUCGAGCUGCUCGGAUACGUCUUCACGGGCCUCGACCAGAUCCGCGGGAUGCAGCUCGGAGGUCCCGAGAAGGAGUUCCUCAUCGCAAGCGGUGUCGCGGGGGACGCGGGCACGAUCAUGCUGAAGAGGACGGAGGGCGGGAGGAACCUGACGCUUCUGACGAGAAACACCGACAUCCCGACGAGGACGAGCUUCGUGUGGCUGAAUUAA